AAAAUGUUUUAGAAAAUCAACUAUUACAAGCUUGCGUGGAAAGAAUAAUCAUAAAAUAUAUUUUAUUUAAAAGUUUGAUCAGCUUUGGGCAGCAUUUAAAAAUCCCGUUGCCGUUGAAUGUAGAGCACACCUUUGCUUUAGUAGCCUUGUGCUCAGUAUUGUAGGUAAAAUGUCAUAAAGCGCGGCAGUAGAAUGAAAACAACAAACCAUUUCGUUGUGUACUUCUUCCGAGCAAACACGAGUUUUGUGCGAGGAUCGGUGAAAAUAAUUGACCUACAUAUGUGUAUGGUUUAAUAUCGAUACGAAAUCGACCCCGCGCACAAAAAGCUUUUCUUUUAACAUGGAUCCACCAUCAAGUAAAGAAAGGCUUCCACUAACAAACGUUUCCAAUAAUGUUAUCCCACGAUCGUGUAAACUGAACACAACAAGCGAUGAUCCGUUGGAAGAACAAAAUAAAGCUAUUGCACACGGUAACGAGGACACUUUUUUCCUGUACCGCAAGGAGCACCAACAUAGGACAGUAGAAGCAAAUGACAAUCCUUUCAACCUACUGUCCGACGAAGUGUUGCUGCACAUACUGAAAUGGGUUCCCAAAAAGACACUACUUGCCUGUGGCGAAGUGAACCGUCGGUUCUACCGGGUGGCGAAGGACGAAACGCUUUGGUAUAGGUUAGAUCUCAGCAAUCGAAUGCUUCAGUUUAACGGGUUGGUAGAGGUGGUUAGUCGUGGCGUUGUUGUGCUACGCCUAGCGCAAACAUACAUCGUCGAACCCAUUUCGGACAGCUGUCUGGACAUUCCCCCAGGGAUAAAGGUACAAUAUUUGGAUCUCAGCAUGUGUACGAUCAGCAUACCUGUCCUGCGAGCGCUGCUAUCUAAUUGCCGGGCGCUGGUCAAGCUUAGCCUAGAGAACGUUCCCCUUGAUGGUGGAAUUUGUGCGGAAAUAGCCGAGAAUCGGCGGCUAGAAUCAUUGAAUCUUACCAUGUGCUCAGGCAUUGAUGCGGAUGGGAUGCACUCGAUGGCAAAAGCGUUAACGAAACUGUUCAGCUUGAAUGUAAGCUGGACCAAUUUAACCCUCGAAGCAGUUCAGGAGCUGGUACAAAAUCUAACACCACAGAUUUCGCACCUAAACAUAGCGGGAUGCCGUACCACGUUGUACGAUGAGGCGGUGGCGGUGUUAACGAAACGCUGUCAACGUCUAGUAGCGUUGGAUCUAUCCGAUUGUACACAGCUUACAGAUGCAACAAUAAGAACGCUAUGUAAAACACGCAAGAUAGAGUACCUGUCGUUAUCGCGAUGUUACAAUAUUCCUGUAACUUCUUAUUUGAAUUUGUCGGAGCUAAAAACGUUACGGUUUUUGGAUUUAUUUGGCCUAGUUUCCGACCAUGCGAUCGAAACACUGAAGCACUCGUUGCGCGACAUUGGAAUCAAUAAGUAUUAUCACAGUUCCAUUGCACGGCCCACAGUUGGCACGAAAAGAACAUCGAUCUGGGGCCUCAGAACGCGUGAUUAAAAGUGAAAUGUGGUUGACAGCAAAAAAGCAUCAAAGUGAAAAGAAUGCUAAGAUUGGCACCGGAAUAUCAUUCUACGUUGCAAACGCAAUAAACAGAUAUGAUUUUAUUCCUUCGAUUGUUGUUUGUUCGGAUGCGAAGGAAAGGAUGGAGCAAUGCACGUUGAUGGUCAAGAUACAUUUACGUUUUAUUCUGUCACAAAAGCUUAAUUGUUUUUUUUUU